AAGUCUCAGGGUCCCGAUCGCUCCCCACUACAUCCCCCCUGGGACCAGGAGGCAAAUUCCUGUGGGUCCCAGGAGUGCCAAAAGUGCUCAGCGAGACGGGAAAUUGCAACAGUCCUGGCCCCUCGGCCCUCCCCCGGCGCCUUCCCGUAACUCCCGCCCCUGGACACUUGCCCCGCAGCUGAUUCAUAGCCGGGGCGCGGGGCCGCCUCCAAACGCCGGGACAGACGUCCGCGUCCGCCCGCCCGUACCCCUGUGAGGCAGAGGACCGGCCAGGCUCCGGAGCAGGUCGCCAGGCGGACGCUGCCUGCCUGCCGGACAUUGUGAAAGUGCUUUGAGAUCAAGCUAUUCCCAGCUCAGGACUCCUGGAUGUGAGGAAACAGAGCUGACAGAAUUGAAAGUGGAAGCAGGGCAUUCUGCUUUCGAACAGGAUAAUCAGACCAAUGGCUUUCUCUGUGGCCCUUCAUCAAGCCAUUCUCCUGGCAGUGCUGUCCCUGAGGACAUCCGGAAGUGAAGUCUUGGGGGAGCCUUUACCGUUGAUUCCUGAGAUACAUAGAGUUUCUUCUCAACUGGAACUUCAAGAAGUGAACUUAGAAUGGACUGUCCCAGCCCUUACUCAUCAAGAAUUAAACAUGAUAUUUCAGAUAGAGAUCAGUAGACUGAACACAUCCAACAUCAUCUGGGUGGAGAAUUAUAGCACCACCGUGAAGCGUGAAGAAGCUGUGCGUUGGAGCUGGACAUCUGAUAUCCCCUUGGAGUGUGUCACACAUUUCAUUAGAAUAAGGGCUCUAGUAGAUGAGUCCAAGUCCCCUCCACAGAGUUCCUGGGGCAACUGGAGUUCCUGGAAAGAAGUUAGUGCACAAGUUUCAGUUGAACCUGAUACAGUAUUAUUAUUUCCUGAAGACAAACUGUUGGAAGAAGGCUCCAAUAUCACCAUCUGUUUGAUGUAUGGGAAGAAUCUAUAUAAUGUAUCCUGUAAGUUGCAAGAAGAACCAAUCCAUGGAGAACAACUUGAUUCGCACGUGUCAUUAUUAAAAUUGAAUAAUGUAGUUUUCCUUAGCAACGCAGGGACAAACAUCAAUUGUCAAGCCAUGAAUGCUAAAAAAACAUUUGGUACUGUUCUGUUUGUCUCAAAAGUGCUUGAGGAACCCAAGAAUUUUUUCUGUGAAACCCAAGACUUUACGACUUUGAAUUGUUCAUGGGAAUCUGGGAUAGAUACGACUUUGGCUUGGUUUCAAAAACAUCCCGAAAUCUACACUUUGUGUGAAUCGUUCUCUAAGAGAUGUGAGGUUUCUAACCACAGAAACUCCUAUACCUGGCAAAUCACUGACAACUCACAGGAAACAUAUAACUUCACUCUCACAGCUGAAAACAAAUUAAGGAAAAGAAGUGUCAACAUCAACUUUAACCUGACCCACAGAGUUCAUCCAAAGGCUCCCCAUGAUGUCACCCUUAAAACUAUAGGUGCUACAAAAGCCAACAUGACCUGGAAGGUUCACUCCCGUGGAGACAACUACACACUUUUGUGUCAGGUUAAACUCCGAUAUGAAGGAGAAGUGAAACGUGAGUACAACGUUUCUGUCCACAAGAGCGGAAACUACCUCUUCAGUGAUCUGGAGCCAGACACAGAGCACAGGGCUUGUGUGCGCUGUGCAGGUGCCAACCACUUCUGGAAAUGGAGUGACUGGACGCAAAACGAGUUCAGCACACCCGAGGCUGCUCCCUCACAGGCUCUUGAUGUUUGGAGACAAGUAGGGGCAGAGAAUGGAAGCCGUGUUGUGACCUUGUUUUGGAAGCCACUUUUAAAGUCACAGGCCAAUGGCAAAAUCAUAUCCUAUAAUAUAGUUGUAGAACAUGAAUCUGAACCAACCAAGUCAGAACACUACUCUGUUCCGGCACCAGCCCUUGGCACAAACCUGAGCCUUGACCUACAUCCAUACAAGAUUCACAUCACAGCCAGCAACAGCGUGGGGACAUCUCCUGAGUCCUUGAUGGUCCUUUCUAACGAUUCUGGACAUGAAGAGGUCCAGGAAAAAACAAUUAAAGGUAUAAAGGAUGCAUUCAAUAUUUCUUGGGAGCCCAUAUCUGGAGACGCGAUAGGCUAUGUUGUGGACUGGUGUGCACAUUCUCAGGACCAACACUGUGAUUUGCAGUGGAAGAAGCUUGGUCCCAAUACCACAAGCACCGUCAUUACCUCAGAUGCUUUUAAACCAGGGGUGCGUUACAACUUCAGAAUUUUUGAAAGAUCUACGGAACAGAAUGAUCGGUUAGUAGAGAAACAAAGAGGAUAUACCCAGGAGCUGGCUCCUUUGGUGAAUCCAAAAGUGAUGGUUUCUAACUUGACCCCUAACUCCUUCGUUCUGAGAUGGCCGGAUUACGCCAGUGACUUCCAGUCUGGUUUUAUAAAAGGUUACCACGUGUAUGUGAAAUCCAAGGAGAUGCAGUGCAACCAGGACUGGGAAAGGAUCCUUCUUUCAGAUAAUUCAGUGCUCUGUAAAUACAACAUCAGUGGCUCAGAGACAAAGACACUCGCUGUGGAAAACCUUCGACCAGAGUCUCUCUAUGAGUUUUUUGUCACUCCAUUUACCAGCGCUGGCCAGGGACCCAAUGAAACUUACACAAAGGUCACAACUCCAGAUGUGCGCUCCCACAUGCUGCUGCAGAUCAUACUGCCCAUGACCCUCUGUGUUUUGCUCAGCAUCAUUGUCUGUUACUGGAAAAGUCAGUGGGUGAAGGAGAAGUGCUAUCCUGACAUUCCCAAUCCGUACAAGAGCAGCAUCCUGUCACUCAUAAAAUCCAAGAAGAAUCCUCACUUAAUAAUGAAUGUCAAAGACUGCAUUCCAGAUGUCCUUGAAGUUAUAAACAAAGCAGAAGGCAGCAAGACACAGUGUGUAGGCUCUGGGAAACUUCACACGGAAGAUGUCCCCGCUAAGCCUCCAUCCGUGCCAACAGCAAAGGAUUCCUCUGGCCCUGUGCCCUGCGUCUUCUUUGAGAAUUUUACUUACAAUCAGUCAGCUUUUGAUUCUGGUUCCCAUGGACCCCUCAAAGCCACAGCACACCAACUUGGACUGUUGGCCCCACCUAACAAGUUACAGAAUGCAUUAGAAAAUGACUACAUGAAGUCCCUGGUCGAAAGUCCGACGGAAGAAACUCGCUUGAUUUAUGUGUCGCAGCUGGCUUCAACCAUGUGUGGAGACAAGGACAGGCUUGACACGAGUGCACCCAUGCCAGUGCACCCAGGCUCAGAGUAUAAAAGGCAAAUGGCAGUUCCAGGGAGCCCCCUACCACCUUCUCUGGAGGAGAAUAACAGGUUGACCUCAAUGAUUCUCUUAGGCCAAGGGGACCAGUAAACAUCAAGCAGCACAAAUGUACUCUAUACACUACAGGCACUUUGGGGGAUGUAGCUGGGACCAUGCCAACACCACAUGCCCUGGCCUUUGCUUCCGGAGGGGCUCAUUAUCUGCAGUGCUGAUUCAUUAACGAUCACUACAGACCAAUGGACCGAAGACCAGAACUGUACAACAUGGUAUUCGCCUAGGAGGCUUCCUUAGAAAUAGCAAGAUCCUGGAGCACGCUGCCCUUGUUAUUAUUUGUCCCGGACUCACCUAUUGCAGUACCCAUGAGCUUGCGACAGGGUAUACACCAGUCAUUUCAUAGAACCUACCUACUCAAAAGUGCACAACGAGGCUGUGGUCCCAGGAUCUUGGUGUGCAGUGAGAAAACAUCUUCAUGUAAAUUUAACCUCAUGCUUAAUAGUUAAAGGGUAAAACAAGUGGGUCAGGUGUUUUGACUAAUGCUACCAGAGAUUGAUUACUUUUAUUGUGUAGAUUUAUCACAUUUAAUGGAAAGGUUACAAACUAGAUGUUGGCCAUACCAUGAAAUGAGAAUCGGUAGUCACUGACAAAGUAAAAAAGAACUCUCUUCACGUCUACACUGAAACUAACCAGUAAGAUGUGCAAAUGGACAGGAAACUCUCCACAGGUCUCCUGCUGACUAGGUAGCUUACUGCAGUAAAACAGGAUUGCAAAGAGCUCUAGGCUUGCUGACCUUGACUGACCCCCUGUCCCAUAGACUCCAAUCUUCCUCUUUAGUUUUUGACUACCUCAGAACAGAAAAGAAGGACAUUUCAUUGAGUGAUGCCUUUUACAUAUGAUAUACCCACCUCUGCCACCAAGCUGUAUCUAGAUGACCUAUUUCACAAGCUAAUGUCUGCUUCUUGCAUGCUUGGUUGUCUGGUUCAAGAGAAUUCUCACAUUCCUGUUGUGCUAAAAUACUAUAGCCCUAGAACUGGGUAUAAUUUAGCUACAACUUUAAACUGUAGAAGUCAGUUGUGUUGGCCCCAAAGCAUGUCUUUUGACAAAAAUACACUUGGUUCUAUCUGUGGGUUCCACAUUAAGAUUAAACCAACCUCAGAAAGAUAUUCAGGAAUAAAUGUACUAAAUUCAUAGAUUUAUUAUUAUUAUUAUUUUUAUUAUUCCUUAAGUAAGGUAUUAAUGAUUUCCCCAGCUCUAACACGCAUCAGGCUAUGACAUGGAGGAAAACUCACUGUAUACAAAUGGCUAUCUUUUGGUAACAGCACAGCUCCUAUAAUCAGCUCCUGGAAAGUGCCCUAGAAGAAUGACUAUAUGUAUCAGCUAAACACAUAACGUUGGUUCCUUCCUCUUAAUGCUUGUCACAUUGCAGAACAAGGUAGAGAGGUGUUCCUUUUGUUGUUAGCUAAGUGUGGUAGCAAUGAUGACUUUGUACACAUUUGCAGCUAUUAAAUGCUAUGGCAUGUGGCCAUAGAACAUAGUAACAGCAACCACGAAUGUUCCACACAAGGGGUCCAAUCUUCUCUUUACAUAAUACCAAGCCUUUGCUAGAAAACACAGCUACAUCCUAACCUAGGACCAGGCAGUAUCUUGCAUAGUCGAGGUGGAAGAAGACUGCUCAGUAUUGCAAAUACUCUGUUUACGUUUUUCCUGUCAAUGGAUUUCUCAAUGGAAACCUGCACCCAGAAAUGUUAAUGACAUUGAUUUGUGAUAUUUUCUUUUUUUCAUUUCAAUUUUGUUUAAAAAAUAAUCCACAAAACAUUUUUUGCUGUUUCAAUAAAGUCCAAAUUAAAACA